AUGGCCGCUUCUAAGUCCUCCGACGAGGACGUCAAGCUUUUGUUCGCCGUCAUCAGUCUUUCGGGUUUCGAGCCUGCUGUCUACAGCGAUUUGGGCACAUACAUGAAUCUCAACCCACAAGCCGCCCGCAUGCGCCUCUCCCGUCUCCUCAAAAAGGCCCAGAAGGAAUUCGGUGACCUUCCAGUCCCUGCCGCUGCCGCUGCCGCUGAGAAGCCCAAGGCCUCGGGUGCCAAGCGCAAGAAGUCGAACACCUCCAAGGAAGAGACCAAGGCCAAGAUGUUGGAGGACGAUGACGAUGCUGCCAAUGACGCUCCGCCUAUCGAUCGCAAGGAAGAAGCUCCUGCGCCAAAGAAGGCGAAGACUUCAGAUGAAUGA